CGCUGCACUUUGUGAAUGGCUCUGUUGUCUUCUGGGACCUGUCAAGUGUCCCAGAAGACUACAGGGAGGGAGGGGGGAGGACAAGCGGGUACCUAUCAAAUUCGGCAGUCUCUGGUCAUCUCCUGUACUGUGUCCGCAGUCUCUGGUCAUCUCCUGUACUGUGUCCACAGUCUCUGGUCAUCUCCUGUACUGGUCCGCAGUCUCUGGUCAUCUCUGUACUGUGUCCGCAGUCUCUGGUCAUCUCCUGUACUAUGUCUGCAGUGUCUGGUCAUCUCCUGUACUGUGUCCGCAGUCUCUGGUCAUCUCCUGUACUAUGUCUGCAGUCUCUGGUCAUCUCCUGUGCUAUGUCUGCAGUCCCUGGUCAUCUCCUGUAACAUG